AUGGCAAGGGAGCCAGCGACAGCGGCAGCGGGAACACACGCAGCAGCGGAGGCACCGGCUGCGACGGCGGCCGGGAAGCCGGCGGCAGCGACGGAGACGCCGACAGAGGCACCGACACCGGCAGCGGCAGCGACGGAGGAACCGGCAGCGCCAGCGACAGCGUCGAAGACCGCAGCGGACCGGAACAGCGACGCCAGCAGCGCGGCCACCAGCCGAGGCCAUGCGGAGGGCCAUAUGGCGGCCGCCGGCCACGAGGCGCGACGCGGGACGGCGCGGAGGAGCCCGAAGGAAGGCGCGGAAGGCGCAGGGAGGCGCGCUACAAGGCCAUAUGCGGGAGGCACGGGACGCCCUGCAGCGGCAGAUGGAGGCUGCGGCGUGAAGCCGAAGCCCACGAAGGGAACGAGGAGGAGGAUCCGCCUCCCGAGGUUCUUAAAGCCGGCGGCAGCGACGGAGACGCCGACAGAGGCACCGACACCGCGCGGCAGCGACGGAGGACCGGCAGCGCCAGCGACAGCGUCGAAGAACCGGCAGCGGACACGGAAACAGCGACGCCAGCAGCGCGGCCACCAGCCGAGGCCAAGGAGGCCACAUGGAACAGCGCCAGCCGGCGAGCGCGGCGAGGCGCGACGCGGGGGCGGCACCGAGGAGGCCCGAGGAAGGCGCAGAGAAGGCGCAAGGGAGGCGGCGCUGAACAAGGCCAUAAUGCGGGAGGCACGGGACGCCCUGCAGCGGCAGAUGGAGGCUGCGCGGCGUGAAGCCGAAGCCCACGAGGGAACGAAGGAGGAGGAUCCGCCCCCGAGGUUCUUAAAGCCACAAAGGACGCAACAGCCAACGCCCGCCAGUCCCCCACCCAACUCCCACCCAUCGCCACCACCGAAUGUCACCGCCACAACAGGAGGAGGGCGGCGCACCAAGGAUGCCACCAUCACCAUAGGCAUUCGGCCACCGGCACGUCGAUGA